AUGACGCGCGUGAUGCGCUCAGGGAUCGCGUGCGCGCGUUCGAGGCGCGCGCGGACGGGACGAAUCCCGAGCACGCGAGGGCGCUGGUGGAGAUGCGCGAGGCCACGCGCGCGGUGGAGCGACUUCGUGGGACGUGGUCGAGGAGAGGCUUGCCGGGCGUGGCGCGGGACUGGAGCGAGCGCAGAGAGAGCGACGCGCGAGAGAUCGCGCCGCCGCGAUCGUGCGAGACGUACGACGCGUACUGCAGGUACGUCGAGCGCAGAGACGCGGCUUUACGAGGCGAGCGCCGACUCCUCGAGUCGCGCCCCGAGGACGACGACGUGGACGACGACGCGAUCGAGCGUCGUUCUGGACGCGAUAUCAUCAAUCGCGCUCGACGCGACGACGCGGCGGAUGUCGCGAGAGACGACGGAUCGCCCGCUUGAGAGUGAGGGCUCGGGCGUCGUUUGUUCGCAUUCGUUGACUCGCAUGUUCUCCCGCGCUGUUCCCACGACGUCGCCCUCGACGUCGUUGCCGACGCGCGGGUCGUCUGGAAGCGCGCGAUGUCGUUGUUUGAGCGUAUCGCGGACGGCGUUACCGCCGCGUCGCCGUGCGCGCGCGUCCGGACGCGGCGGCGGUCGCUUUGGGUCGCUCGAGCGCGCGCGCGAGACGCUCGACGACGGCGGCUCGGGAUUCGGUGGCGGCGGUGGUGAUUGGGGAUUCGGUGGCGGUGGUGACGAUGGUGAUGACGACGAGGCGUCGGAUUCGGACGCGAGGCGAUUCAGCGCGUGGAUGAAAUUUCUAGUAGCCGCGCUCGCGGCGCGGUGGGCGACGUUAAAGUUGAUGGCGUACAACGACCGUCCGCUGUACGUCGACGACGACUCUUCACCGGAUUGGCGAACGCGAAAGGUAUCGAUCGUUAUCCCGGCACGAAACGAGUCGCGAGCGAUCGGGCCGACACUUCGAUUGUUAAAGCGCGCGCUCGAACCGGAGGCGUGCGAGGUCAUCGUGAGCGUCGGCGACUCCUCAGACGACACCGCCACGAUCGCGCGCGAACAUGGCGCAGUCGUGGUGAACGGCAAGAAAGGCCGGGCGUGUCAGAUGAACGCGGGCGCGAAAGCGGCGAGUGGAGAUUACGUCUUAUUUCUACACGCCGACACGACGGUUCCUUUGGAUGUCGUCGACGUCAUCAGACGCCAACUCCGAGACGAGAAGACCGUCAUCGGUGGAUUUGUGAGCUUGAUCGAGACGAAAUCACGAACGUUCUGGGGGAUCAGUUGGCACAACGUGAUCAAAACCGACUACUGCGCGGUGAUCUCCCGUCCGUUCGCGUACCUGCGCGGAUUUAGAAUUUUAUUCGGCGACCAGGCAAUGUUUUGCCGACGAGACGAUUUCGACCGCGUCGGUGGGUUCGACGAGUCGUUACCGAUCAUGGAAGACGCAGACUUGUGCGUCAGGAUGCACUUCAAGGGUCGAGGGAAACACCGAGGUCGAAUCAAACUCCUCGACCGCGUCGUCACCACGAGCGGUCGCCGCAUCGAGCGUUUGGGUAACGUCAAGGCCACCGCCGUGCACGUUCUCAUCGCGUGCGCGUGGAAUUUUGGAUUCGGGGAGAAAUCAUUAAGACGAUUGUACGAUUGGUGUUACAGGGACGUGCGGUAG